AUGCCCUGGUUCCAGGACAAAAGGAGUGGAACACUCAGGAGCAACACUCCAAGUGCCAACACUUCAAAAGCCAACACUUCAGGAGUGAAACUCGACACAGCCGUGGCCCAUCCAGCCCACCCCCCCUCUCUCUACCCAUCGCUGUUCAGCAGCGUGAACUCAAUUGGGGUGGAGGGGUUCGAUGUUGCGGUGCCUGAGGGUGCUGAUGAUGAGGUGCCACUGGUGAGGGUGAUGACUCGCUGCUCUGGUGAGAAGCUUCAUCUGGCGGGACUCGCUGCUCUGCUUGAAGAAUCGAGAUCAGCGGAGCACAGGAGAGAAGACGAUCCACCUGGAGGAGGAGAAGUGGAAGAGAAGGAGGAGAAGAGGAAGAGUAGGAGGAUAGGAGGAAGCAGAGGAGGAGGAAAGGAAGCAGAGGAGGAGAGGAAGCAGAGGAGCAGGAGAGGAAGCAGAGGAGCAGGAGAGGAAGCAGAGGAGGAGGACAAAAGGUUUCUACAGCAGACGUGGGAUCUUCUCUCUUUCCUAUACUCGGAUCUUCCACGGUCUCAGAUGCUCGGAAGCAAGGAUGACGCACAGGGAGUAGACAGGAGCAGGCAGAGAUAA